AUGGAAACAGUUCACAUUUCAUUAUCUACAAGAAUACUGACUUUAACAUACUAUAUCAUAUCCUCUACCUUUUGUUUUUCAGCUUUUACUCGACUUGAGGCAGAAAAACACACGCACACUGAGCAUUGUAUAUGUGAGCAGACAACACUAACCAACUAUCAUGCUGCCAAACUAUUCUACUUUGUAAGUCAUCAAAACCCACAAUUGCUACAGACACAACAAGGAAGAAGAGCACAACGUGAUUACAUCAUUAUGCGUCGUAUCUUAUUUACAAUGAUUGUUCUUCUUCUGGCAGGAAUCCCAAACGUUGGUUUAGCUUUCUUAGCACAAUUCAAGCCGAACUUAUCUGGUGACUACUAUAUGUACCGAAUUGAAUGGAUGGUUCCAUCAGUCUCAAUGUUAACUGUUAGUAUCGGACUUGUGUUUAUCACGCCGCAGCUGAAAACUGUCGUAGUGAGCUGUCUACAGCGAAAGAACCAAGUAGUACCUCAAGACAACACCAGAUUUUAA